AUGGAAGUUAUAGGUGUGAAAGGUAUGAAUCUGGAAGCUGCAAAUGUGAAAGGUAUGAAUUUGUAAGGUAUGAAUGUGGAAGCCAUAGGUAUGAAUGUGAAAGCUGCAAGUGUGAAAGGUAUGAAUUUGUAAGGUAUGAAUGUGGAAGCCAUAGGUAUGAAUGUGGAAGCUGCAAGUGUGAAAGGUAUGAAUGUGGAAGCUGCAAGUGUGAAAGGUAUGAAUUUGUAAGGUAUGAAUGUGGAAGCCGUAGGUGUGAAAGGUAUGAAUGUGAAAGUUGUAGGCGUGGCAUAAAAUGUGAUUGAAGGAUAGGAUGUCGGAAAAAGAGUUGCGGAAUUGAAGUAUGUGGUAGCGAAGUAUUCGGUAGUGCCAAAUGUAGGAGUUCUGUUUCUGACGACGUUUGUGUUAGCAACAGAUGCGGUAACAGUGGAUGUGGUAUUAAUAUAUGUGGGAGUAAGGAGUCUGGCAAUGGAUGGGAUGGUGAUGUAUGUGUUGACGUAUAUGAUAGCGCCACAUGUGGUAGCAAUGGGUGUGGUAGUGAUGUAUGUAGUAUCGAUGUAUGCGGUAGUAGCGUACAUGGUGUGGGAUUGAGCAGUGAUGGAUAUGGUGAAACGUGUGGCCGUGCGAGAUGUGGCAGCAACAGAAGCGAUAGUGAUGUCUGUAGUAGUGUAUGAUCUGGUUGUACUGUAUGUAUUAGUGAUGGUUGUGCCAGCAAUGGAUGUAUUGGUACUGGGUGUCAGAGUAGCACUGGAUGUGAUAGUGUAAGAUCUGGUAGCAACUGAUGUGAAUAAAGGUCUGAAUGUGUAAGGUACGAGUGUGGAAGUUGUAGGUGUGAAAGGUAUGAAUGUGGAAGCUGUAGGUGUGAAAGGUAUGAAUGUGGAAGUUGUAGGUGUGAAAGGUAUGAAUGUGGAAGCUGUAGGUGUGAAAGGUAUGAAUGUGAAAGCUGUAGGUGUUAAAGGUAUCAUUGUGAAAGCUGUAGGUGUGAAAGGUAUCAAUGUGGAAGCUGUAGGAGUGAAAGGUAUCAAUGUGGAAGCUGUAGGUGUGAAAGGUAUCAAUGUGGAAGCUGUAGGUGUUAAAGGUAUCAUUGUGAAAGCUGUAGGUGUGAAAGGUAUCAAUGUGGAAGCUGUAGGUGUGAAAGGUAUCAAUGUGGAAGCUGUAGGUGUGGAAGGUAUCAAUGUGGAAGCUGUAGGUGUGAAGGGUAUCAAUGUGGAAGCUGUAGGUGUGAAAGGUAUCAAUGUGGAAGCUGUAGGUGUGAAAGGUAUCAAUGUGGAAGCUGUAGGUGUGAAAGGUAUCAAUGUGGAAGCUGUAGGUGUGAAAGGUAUCAAUGUGGAAGCUGUAGGUGUGGAAGGUAUCAAUGUGGAAGCUGUAGGUGUGAAAGGUAUCAAUGUGGAAGCUGUAGGUGGGAACAAACGUGCCAUGGCGCGUUGUAGAAGAAGCUGCAGGUUCUGUUACCGAGCCCUUUUACCAUGAGAAAAUAAGAAAAGAAUGUAAGAAGUAAGAAAGGAUUGUAAUGCAUCAGCAAAUGAAAUCAUCAUGACUCGCUAUACCGCUUCGCUGAAUCUACAACUAUACAGAUGUACCACGACGCAAUUUUUAAAUUCUUAAAAGAGAGGUUCUGUGGUGACAUCAGAACAAGCGUUUUUCACCUCGUGACUUCUAUCUCGCUACAGACUCAUGUGAAAAGAGUCAGCCAACGCUCUGCCGAAAGUCUCGGUGCUCCGGUUUCCUCCCAUAGGAAAAGUUGUCAGGUUGGAUAAUUACAGUUAUCAAGUAAUAUCACAAUUGUUGUAAAGAUAAAAUAGUCUAGGCUAGGUAUGUAAGCGUAACACGUGAUGUAAAGCGCAUUUGAUCAUACCCAGAUGUAAAGUUACGCUAUAGAAAAAAAUGUUAAUUGUUAUUUCAGAUUAUAAAACAAUAGUCUUAGAAAUUGUGAGCACGUCCCGUAUUGUAUUCUGCCGACACUUUACGUGACAUGCUCCUAUGAAAAAUUAAAGAAAUGGAUUUCAUCCUUGGAUCAUGCAUGCUCACAAUUCCCCUGCGACUAUUUUUUAGACUGCAGCCUCCUCUGCAAGCCCUCGUUGUGUCAUGGGAAGGUCACGAUUUCGAGAGGGCCUGCGGAAUCUUGUAAAAUGAAUAAAUGUUGUUUUAAACCUGCUUCGUUAAAGAAGGCAGUUUUAUUCGUGCAACGUUGGUGUGGACAACAAACCUUAUCGUUAAAAAAUGCUUCCUUCCACGUCCUUAGAGUCGCCAGUUUAAUUUACAAGUUUCACGCCGCUUUUUUAUAUCUGUUUAUAUUCAAGAUUGUGCAGAAAUUUACUCGCUGACCUGACGCCGGCGCCAUUUGUUUUACAAGAUUCCGCAGGCCCUCGCCAGAUCUUGACCUUCCCAUGACGCAACGAGGGCCUGCAGAGGAGGCAGUUUUUUAGAUGACUGACUCUUUGUCAGAAAUUGCGUUCCAACAAAAAUCGCAGUAAAAAUAGAAUUACACUAUAAAUUCCGAAAAGUCAAUACGACAAACCAUGUACAAAAAUCACUUACAUCUUGCGGUGGCUCUCCUCGUACGGGCUUUCCUUCGCAGAAUCGACGAACAUUGCGAUCUCCAGUUCCGUCAGUUUCGACUUGCAGAUCGAUCGAUUCAUCUUUGUCACUUUGGCAUGCCUCUGCCAGAGGUAAUCCCAUGUAUGUGGUUUUCUUCGGAGGAUCGGCGAACAUGACGAUCUCAAGCUCCGACAGUUUUGACUUGCGUCUUGAUUUGUUCAAUUUUUUUUCUUUGGUUUUUUGCUGUUUACCAAAACAGCAUGAAAUAGUGUUCCCCAUUUUUUUCGCACAGACAGUAUUUGCUCUAUGCGAGCAGACAAUGUAAUAUACUUCAAAAGUACUCUGUUGAAUAAAUCUCCUUGCACUGUAAUUGACAGCUUGGAAAUGAAGCAAUUAGUGUCAAACAAUCAGUAAUUAUAGCGCGUUCAGAUAAUCAGUCACUUGAUGACGAGUAAUUGAAUAAUCAAAACCACUAGAGCGCGCGUUUUUCGCUGCGUGCGCUUUUCGCUGCGUGCGUUUAAAGGCCGUUUUCCAAUUCUGUUUUCCACUUCGCCCGUACCGAAACGAACUAGUGAGCAUGCGUAGAUUGAAAAUAGGUUGAUAAAUCCACGUACUUCCGGGUGUAUUCGCGUAUCAAAAUGAAAAGUUCGUCGCAAGUCAACUUUUUGGCAUACUACGGAAGUAUUUAACUAAUCAACAUUCACUAAAUUUUGAAAUUAAACAUUUUUUUAUACAUUUCGGUACGGUACGCUUGAAUGGAAAACGGCCUUAAUUCUUUUUUAAAGAACCUUUUUCAAAUCAUUUUAUUACUGCCUGUUUGUUAAUAUAAUUAAAGUGAGAAGUGAGAAUAUUCCUCAUUUGUUACGAAACCAAACGAGACUAGACAAAAUCUGAUAUUAAAUCUAAUCAAUUUUUUUAAUCGUGUUUGUAUUCGUGUAAAUGUAGUCUGAGGGUUUUUUUCUCACAACAGACACACAAUAUAGUUCGAUCACUCUAAUGAAUUCAACAUGUUAUAAAAUCCAAUAAUUUCAGGGAAAUAGGAAACAGCAGAGUUUUGUAGGAGAUAGAAAUCCUGAAAAAAUACAAAAAUAACGUUUUUUUGGAAGAUUGUAACGUGAAGAAUAGAUUCUCGAAGAUUUUUUUGUUCGAACUUUUUAAUGGACGUGUUUUUCUUUCAGACCAACCCUAAAGCAUCAAAGACCACAGGAAGAAAAACAAAAACAAUUUGCUAAGAUAGAUGCAUCGUAUAAACGAGGCACAAAAGAGGUACUUUGAUUUUGUAGUGUAUAUUGCGGUUCCUUUGUAUUCAGCGGCAAUGGGUUUUACCCUCUAUUAUAAUUAUUGUAGUGCGUCUAUAAUUUUAUUUCUUCUCAAGAGAAAACUCUGUUGAAUUAAUGAGUUGAUAAUUUCACCAUAUUCCCUUGUUCUCCAAGCUUCUUUGUUCCCGGCCAUUUUUUUUUUACUUUGUUCCUCUGUUUCCAUUUGCAAAAUCUACUUUGUUCUCUUGCAAUUUCGCAAGCCAUGCUCCAAGGCAUGAGAAAGUCCGCCAGCAUGGCAGGAGCAAGAAAUAUAUUAAGGAAAAGCAAGAAAGAUAUUAAGAAUGAAGCUCGAGAAAUUUCAAAAAUCAGCAUUAAAGUAACAAACAUCACAAUUAGAGCAUAAAUACAACAAUCAUAACAUAAAAAUUUGUAUCAUGUAACAGUGCUACGACUGUCUGUUAAUUUGAAUUACAACCAAAAUUCAUAUUUAUAAAAAAAACUGGCAGGAAAUUUUUGGUCUGGGAAGCCUGCUGCCAGGAAGAAAAAUAUUUUAUCAAGGCUUGCCAGGCUCUUUAUGGUGUUUUUAUAUUUAUUAGACUUCUGCGAUAAAAUACCGUAAAGGAGCAUGUGAGAAUUGUGGAGCGAUGACUCAUAAGAAGAAGGACUGCUUGGAGGUUUGUAAGGUCGCCAUUAUUGUAGGCAUACUUUGCUUGUGUACACGACGUGUAGUUUCCAUUACUCAAGCAACAUUGGGUCUUAUACUUGACUUCUGCGGAUAAUACAGUAAUUUAGGGAAAAAAAACUGAUAAAGCUAUCAGUAUAUAAUAAAUUACUUUUGUUUGGUAUGUCUCGUGUAGUAUGAAUUCAUUCUUCCUAUAGCGUCCUCGCCGUGUUGGUGCGAGAUUCACAGGAGAAGAUAUCAGACCGGAUGAAUACCUUCCAGAGCAAGUGAACUUUGACUACGAUGGCAAGAGAGAUAGGUCAGUACCUUAGCACGCCUUAAUUAUUCGCAUGAGAGGAGAGUGUUUUAUAUCUUAAUUAUGUUAUUCAACCAGACACCCGAGUAACUCCGGUUUCUUCCUGGAGUAAUACUGGAUCAAGUACAGUAGGCAUGGCGUUAGCAGCGGGAGGGUUUAGAACUAUAUAGUAGAGCUAAAUCGUGCCUGCUUAUAAUAUACUCAAUUGAAAGAGUUCAGGUUUAAAAUCCAUUUUAUAAUACUAUUAACUUUAUUUAAGGUGGGUUGGUUAUGAUUCAGAAGAACAUCAGCGAGUACUUGAAGAAUAUCAAAAAAUGGAAAUGGUAAAAUUUUACUAAAUACUAUAUGUCUAAGUCAUUAUUUCACCUCCAUAUAUACCUUUGUGUCAAAGUCUCUUUGGGUUUCUCGCAACUCUCACACAGUACUGUAUAUACUAGUACGAAAUUUAUUUUACAGAUUUUGCCAUUUCAAUAGAUUACAUGGCUGGAAUUACCACACAGAGAUUAGUUCUCCAAUAACGGGGUUCCAAUGUGUAUAUUAGCUUGUGUAUUAGUUACUGUACAUGUGCAUUAGCUUGGACAAUAUUUGUUUUGUUAGGCAAAGCAGCAACUGAAGUCCGAUAAACUACAUCAAGAUUUGAUGGAUGGAAAGAAAAUUGAGGAAAAGGUACGAUUAUUCCAAUUCACAGAUUGUAGAAUGAAGGUCUGUGCAUUAGAAUUAUCUACAUAUAUGAUUAUAUGAAUAACUCUUUACUCGUACACAUGAUGCGUACUGGAUACAGUACCUUCGUUUUAUUUUAUUUUUCACACUAAAACUACAACUUAACAUGUGAGUAACUUGACAUGUAUAAGUCAUGUGUAUUAUGCCUUUGAACCGAAUUAUUCCUUUCAACCUUUCAACAAUUUUGUGUAUGUAUAGUAAACAUUUGACAUUUCUUCAAAUUGAAACGGCAAAUUAUUUGUUGCAGGAGAAGUUAAGUGACGACGAUGAAGAGGAUGAAGAUAAAUAUGCUGAUGACGUCAUCAUACCCGGACAGAAAUUCGACAGCAAGAGGUAGUACAUUGGUCAAAAUUUGCUUACCCUAAUUCAUACAUGGUUGCUAAGACGCGUAUAAGCUUGUGAUUUGAUCAAAUAGUUGAAAGUUAUUUGCCCUUCACACUUUGUUAUACUAAUUUAUGCUUUGGUAGUACAUACAUAUAAACCAACCUUUAAUACCCCCGCGGAAUAUCAUCAUAAUUAAUAAUAUAUAAUUUUGCUUUGUAGGAGAACGACAGUACGAAAUUUACGUAUCCGAGAAGAUACGGCUAAGGUAAAUCAACUUGGGAUAGAUCCAGUUGAUGAUCCAGCUGUCUUAUGGGUUCAUUAGGGCGUGACCAUCGACCAGGAUAGGGUACACCAUCAGGCCAGUAUUCUUGGUCGCGGCAUGAACCAUGGAUCGAGCUGGUGGUAUGGUGGGGGUAUCUUAUGGGGGUAACCCCCUUAGCAAACCCCCACCCUUGGCGUGGACACGCCGUAGUAAAAUCUUCAUUGAAGCCUGAAGACAAUUGAAUUCUAAAGAACCUGAUCCUAACCAUGUUAUCGUUAUAUCAGAGUCUGUAGUUUUGUUUGUUGAAACUCUUAGAAUUAAUCCCCGUGAGGAGUAUAAUGGUAUGAGAUUGCUCUGAAUUUAAAUUAUCUUGAAAAAGUUGGGUUUUCUUUGCAUGCAGUCUGUUUAGCAUGCAUAGUAACUUACUGUGGUACGUGUAUGGUCUAUAGACCCAUUGCACACGACGUCACAGCGCUCACACUCUAAGGAUUUGUGUUUGGUCUAUACCGUUUGGUUUUGUUUAUUUAGAUUGAAUAUAUUAUCAAAAUAUAUUUAGCCUGGAUGAACAAAAACAAAAGUGAUAAACCUGAACUUAAACUCUUCAACAACUUCAUUAUUUUCUACUAGUACUUGUACAACUUGGAUCCAAACUCGGCGCACUACGAUCCGAAAACGAGGUCCAUGAGAACCAACCCGUUUGGUCUGAAGGAUAUAGCUGGAAAGUAAGUUCGAUAGGACAUGUGUUAUGUGUAGAUGGCUUUUGUUUUUAUUUUCUAAUGUUUUGUUUUAAUUUGUAGAGCUGUAACGUAUCAAGGUGACAACUUUGUGCGUUACUCGGGCGAUACACAGAAGAUGGCGAACACACAAUGUAAGUUGAAAUUGUUAUUAGUUCCUUCAAUAUAAUAGGAAUAGCAAGGGAAAAGGACGUUUCCUCCUGGGUGGAAAAAAUAGUGACAUCAGGUCGAGAAUUGUUUUAGUUUCCUUCACGUGAUUGAGGCACUUUUUCUUGCAACUUGCAACGCAAUCGCUGGUCUGCAGACAUGUUUAUUAAUCAAAUACGUAAUAAAAAUCAGUGCAAGUGGGCCUUCUACUACUAUUCCGACGCCAUCUUUAAUAAUCGGGAAACAGCUCGUGGCGGGUUCGCAGGCCCAAAGCCUCUCGCAUGUGAACAUUUAUAUUCCCCAUCCUUACCCCCAUACACCCAGGACCAGACGCUCAAGUGUCGGUGUAUAUUUCCCCGGAUGUUGCUCAAGGGCGAUGGUAACAGGGAAAAUUGAACCGUGCAUAACACUUAUCCUAACCCGAUUCCAAAUGUUUUAGUAUUCGCAUGGGAAGCGUACGAGAAAGGGACAGAUGUACAUCUGCAAGCAGAUCCAACCAAGUUAGAACUUCUUCAUCGUGAAUAUAAAGUCAAGAAAGAAGACUUUAAACAGGAUUUGAAAGGCGGAGUACUGGAAAAGGUAUUAUUCAUGAAAAGAUAAUUCCUGAUUUAAUUGCUGAUCAUUUCAUGAAUUGGAUAGUCUGUAAUUAUAGUUGGUUAAUUGCAUAGGUAAUUAAUGAGAAGAUAAUUCCAUGCAUUUUUCGUAAUUAUUUAUUUAAUAAUACAUUCCUUUUUUCCUUUUGUAUUCCUAGUAUGGUGGUGAAGAGCAUCUUAAUGCACCUCCGAAAGAGUUGCUGUUUGCACAAACUGUAAGUAAAGUGGCGUUGGUUUUUGUUCUAAGUAAUUCUUCCAACAUUUGGAGAUACUCUCAGUAUCUCAGUAGGAGAGUUUGACUCAUUUCUGCAAUGUGCAGUCGUCUGAUAAUAAUUAUAAAUCCUCUUGGUCGUAUGUAAAAAAUCUUCCCAGUUUGUCUCUGCUAAACACCUCAGUUUUCUCUUGUAGUAACAAAAGUGACAGGUUUAGAAGUGAUAAAUUUACUCAGUAAAAUGAUUAAAUUGAUAUGGAAAAUAAUGUAAUUAAUAAUUUGAUUUAAUAUCUUCUUUGAACAGGAAAAUUAUGUUGAAUAUUCAAGAACAGGCGAAGUGGUAAAAGGUACAUUAUACCAAAUACAACUGCAAUGCAUUGUUUUGAAUUGUGAAUAUACGUUAUCUGCACAUCUUCUAAAAUCAUCAUGAUUCAUUAACUGUGUCCAAAUUAUGUUUAGGUCAGGAAAAAGCCAUUCAAAAGUCAAAAUAUGAAGAAGAUGUUUACAUCAAUAACCACACAGUAAGUGGGUCAACUUUUGAGCUACAUAUAUAUUGCAUUCUUGAUUUUCAAAACAUGACCACGACAAACUAUAUACAGAUCAUAUAUAUGAUCUUCAUUGAAAUUGUGCUAAGCGAAUGCUGAGGCAUAUUGAGAAUAUUGCCAAAAAAUCCCCAAGUUUACAGAUCAUAUAUAUGAUCUUCUUUAAAAUGGUGCCAAGCGAACGCUGAGGCAUAUUGAGAAUAUUGCCAAAAAAUCCCCAAGUUUGCCGAGGGCUGUUAAACUACAUCACUGUAUCGAUACUCAAGCACAUUGUUGGCCACGAGAUACGUAGUGACGUCAUCAGCAAGGUGGAAAACGAAGAAUACCUAACCUGAUUUAUAAUUCUCUUUUUUUUUGAACGAUAUACAUUGAAUCAUUUAGAGUGUCUGGGGCUCGUAUUGGGUUGAUGGUAAAUGGGGUUAUGGCUGCUGUCAUUCUCUGGUCAGAGGCUCCUACUGUACAGGCGAGGCUGGAAAAACUGCUUAUUCAGUAAGUGUAAUGUUAGACAGUGCAACUGCUGUAUAGAUAUGUAAAGAAAACGGGAGUACUGUGUGUUUGAAACAUAGAUAUCUAUGGUUUGAAAUCAAACUAGAAGCACCUUGUCACAUGCAAAUGAGAUGAAUGUAUAAAUUCGCGUAUUGCAUGAAUGGACCCCGGUCGCUGAGCCGCAAUGCGUAUACUGAUAAACACAUUUUAUAAAAAGAACACAUAAUACAGUUUAUUUUAUGGUUCACAAUGAAAUCAACAUUGUUUCGAUCAUGAAUAGUAUAUAGCAUAUAAAAUUGAAACAUGAGUGGAUUCAGGUCUAUAUGACAGAAGGGACGCAGAUUUUUCAGAAGUAUAAAAAGCCCCGUUAAUCACGUCCAUUUUGUUAUGCGCUUGGUAGGUGGCUAAAAAUCCCGCAUAAUAUCCAUCUUUGAGCUUUGAUUGAGAGCUAAAGAGCUGUUUAAUUUUCUGAAAUUAAACUUGUUGAGCUAAAGACUUAUUUAAUUCGUUUUUCUAGCAAGAACUUCCCGCAAUUGAGAACGAUGAUGGACGUGAAGGAAAAUCUUUAACUGAGGUAAGAAAAAAAUUACUCGCACACAAAUUUAAAAUAAUAAAAUUCAUCACUUGUUCCAGAUUCCUUUGGUGGCUUAUACUGUAUAAUUUCAGCAAAUGUAGAACGAAAUGGUUAUUUUCCGGUCACGGAAACCAACGAGCUUUGGCUAUUUGUCCGUGAAUUAAUUUGAUUGGUUCAUUUAAAUGGCCAGCGGUUGUUUCACACAGCGAAACCGGAACCUUACCCGCACCUAACCCCUUCCCUGACCCCCUUUCCUAAUCUCUAACCCCUAUAACCCGAACUCAUUAGGCCACUUUUGUCUGUAGCUCCACAAUGAAAAACGAAAGGAGAAGAAGAAUAAAAAAGAUAAAAAAGAUGAGCGAGAUAAUUCAGAUGAGCUGGAUAAAGACAAACUUAAAAAGGUAUACUUUGUUUCAACUUUAUCUAUAAGUUUAGGUUCUGUUUGCAGUAUUAAGAGCUAAAGUUUUAAAUAUAGUUGUUACAACCGUCUUGUGAAUUUAACCAAUGGACCUUUCCCCUUAUAACUAAAAUUUCGAUCUAGACAAAAAUUUCAUCACAGCUUGAAAGAGCAUCACAAAAUUAGUAAUAUUCCUAAGUUUUGUUGCAAAAUCUUGUAAAAUGCGGAUAAUAUAGCCUUGCGAAGUUUGCCGUUUUUCAGUCAUUUUGUAUUACAAACGGGAAAUUGACAUCCGAUUCGGGUGUUGGGGCUGCAAUUUCCCGUUUGUAAUGCAAAAUGACUGAAAAUUGCAAACUUCGCAAGGCUCUAUUUUCCUCAUUUUACAACAUUUCACAACGAAACUUUGGAAUAUUACUAAUUUUGUGAUGCUCUUUCAAGCUGUGAUGAAAUAUUUGUCUAGACUUGCUUAGAUCAAAAUUUUGGUUAUAAGGGGAAAGGUCUAUUAGUUAUACACUCGGCUCUUUAUAGGCAUUACAUGAGGAAGAGAAACAACAAAGACACGCAGAUAAAUUAUUAAAACUGGACGAACGCAAAAGAUCAUAUCCUUUAUUAUACGUUUUACAAAAGCUCCCCCCCCCCCGCCAAUGAUUUCAAAAAGCCUGUGUAUGAAAGCUGGAGUUACACGAGCAACAAAAUUGCUGCAACUUGCAACAAAAUCUGAUUUCAACGCAUGUUAAUUGAAAAUGUUUACACAUGAAUUACAAAUCACAAGGCAACAUGUGACGACAUUUCUACUUAACAUGCGCUGAAAUCAGAUUUUGUUGCAAGUUGCAGCAAUUUUGUUGCUCGUGAACUCCAGCUUAACUAUGUAGGAAAGAUAAUAAUUCUUCGACCAUGAAAGCGUUGGUAGUCUAUAAAACAAGCUACACAUUUCAUGGAAUUUAAGGCAAAAAAUUUAAAAGUUUCCAGAAACAAAAGGUGGUGGUUAUAUGUUGACAACCUAUACUUUGCCCCCUCCCCCCCACCACCACCAAUAUUUCACCACGGUUCUGUAUAAAUUUUCACUUAACAUUAUGUACAUAUAACUCCCUCAAACGAGACUUCCACGAAGUCACAGCCGAAGAACUAGAAGCAUACAGAAUCAAAAGGCAGAAUACCGACGACCCGAUGAGCAGCUUUAACAGAUGAUAACCUGGUAUUUGUAAAUUUCUGUAAAAAGGUUUUUUGCCCAACACCCAGGGUUCAAGUGUAGAUAGUAUUGUACAGUAUUCUGCCGUGUUUUGGACCGGAACUACCUCCACGUUUCGAAGGCAUUUCUUCAGAAACUUAAUGUUGUUGGGGCACUUUCAUAUGCACCUUUUUCCUACCAAUCUUCUCAGGGAUAAAUAAGAAAUUUUAGCUGGACUUGAGUUCUUAAGGGUUCAAAUCUUCAACCUAACAAAUUUCCUGCAGCUGUUUAACUAUUUUUCGACUAUUUUCCACCCCUGGUACUAGCCUGUAAUAUCGUCGUGCCUCCGAUAUGUAAGUACAGGUAUUAUCGCACACUUCCGCUGACGAAGAUCUCCCUCGAACCGUCCAAAUGUAUUUUUUUAAAUUAAUCUUUAUUAGGUAGUUCGGACCACUUGGCUAUACUAACUCCUUUAUAGUUCAGACCACCACGGCAGCUUAUGUAAAAUACUAUCUACAUUAACCUUGUCAAAAUAGGUCCAAUUAGACAUUCCGAAGUUGAUGAGUGGACUGGGGACGAGUGUUAAAAAGUGCCCAAAUUAAGAAAUUAACCAAAUCACUAAAAAGACAACCUCAAAAUUAGUAAGUAUACAAAGUUUGAAGACAUUUAUACGAAUAUCCUUCGAAUAAUAAGCUUUCGAAAAUCGCGAUAUGUACUAUGAAAUGUAUUGUAAUUUUUGUUUUGGGGACGCGCGUCCCAAAAACAAUCUUUUAAUCAGUAAUUUCACAAUUUUGGAAAGCUUAUUAUUCGAAGGAUAUUCAUGUAAACGUCUUCAAACUUUGUAUACUUACUAAUUUUGAGGUGGUCUUUUUAGUGAUUUGGUUCAUUUCUUAAUUUGGGCACUUUUUAACACUCGUCCCCAAUCCUCUCAUCAACUUCGGAAUGGCUAAUAAUUGGUCAAUUAUGGUUUGCGAAGGAGUGAAUUAACGCAAGUGGAAAGCGUUUCGUUUCAGUCACAGACGGUGUUGUCGCAAUAAUGUAACUCAUGGCUAUAUUGAGGCCAGAGUAAUAUAUAGUGCAUUGUGCCCACCGUCUGUCUGUUGGUCAUCGUCAGCUGUGCACAAUGGAUUGAACAUGGAGAUUUACUGUCAGUUUCAAUUUUGUUUCCAUGUAAAAUCAUUUCUAUGCUAUAUUGAAUAUGAUCAUGUAUGUACAAUUUUAUCAUAAGUAUCACAAAAUCAUACGUCCAAAAUCAAGGAGACCAGGCUCCAAUCUUAGUAAUAGGCAUUAUUACAUUUACAUCUUUGGCAUUUGCGGGUCAUCACAGUAUCAAAUUUGUUUGUUGAUUAUUGUUAUCAUUAGUUUACAGACUGUCAAUGUCAUCGUAAGCAUUCUUAUUAUCUGAAUUAUUUUUACCACUAUCAUCACCAACACCACAAUGGUCACCACUACCAUUUCCAUCAACCUCAGCUUUAAUAUUGCUUUUACUACCAUUAUAAUCAACAUCAUCUGAAACAACAUCAUGACCACUAUCAUGAUCGUGAUUGCUAUCAACCCCAUCACUUGCACCACCAUCAUGAUUAUCAUCACCAUCAUGAUUAUCACCAUCAUGAUUACCAUCACCAUCAUGAUUACCAUCACCAUCAUGAUUACCAUCACCACCUACAUCAUCAUCAACACAAUCAUGAUCAGCAUCAUCACUAUCAUGAGUGCUGUCUUCAACACCAUCCUUGUCAACACCAUCCUUACCAACACCAUCCUUACCAUCAAUACCAUCAUGACCACCAUCAACAUCAUCAUGACCAUCAGCCUCAUUGCUACUAUAAACAGCAUCUUCACCACCAUUAACACUAUCACCACCAUUAACACUAUCACCACCAUUAACAUCACUUUUGUCACAAUAACCAUCGUCAACACCAUCAUCAUCUUCACCACCAUCAUCAACAUCAUCAUCAUCAUCAUCAUCAUCGUCAACAUCAUCAUCAUCAACAUUACCACCAUUACCACCACCAUCAUCAUCACCACCAUCAUCAUCAUCAUCACCACCAUCAUCAUCAUCAUCAUCACCAUCAUCAUCAUCAUCAUCACCACCACCAUCAUCAUCACCACCAUCAUCAUCAUCAUCAUCACCACCAUCAUCAUCAUCACCAUCAUCAUCACCAUCAUCACUACCAGAUAUAGCAGCUGCUAAUUUUCUCCAGCAGUCCUUUCUUGAUUUAGAUCCUUUCAUUUCAAUUUGUGUAUAUAUCUUCAAUUCAUCUGGCACCUGACAUUCCUCAAGUAACACCGGAAUAAUUUUCUUGUGUUUUCCACCAUUUUGUGAUUCAUUGAAAUCAUAGACUGCAUGCUUCAAUUCCCACGGGGCCCACAACUUUCUAAGAAAUUCAGGGGAGAGUAGAAAAAUAACACUCCCACUUGACUUAAUACUCUCACUGAUGUUAUCAGUAGUUGCUUUUCCUGGAACAAAGUUUUCCAAGUCAAUACAAACUUGAAGACCACACUCAGUUUCUAGGAAUGUUUUCAGUUCCAAUGCAAUUUCACAAUUUUGCUUAGCAUAACAAAGCAGCGUGUCGUACUGUGUUUUGGAAUUUUCAAUAACAUUUGUUUCUGUUGGCUGAGUAUUUGAAGUUGGGUCAGUUUUGUCAGAAGAUUGUGUACAUAUGGGAUUUGUGAUGGAUAUUUGCUUUCCAGGAUCCUCUUUGGUCUUUACUGGUGGACUUUUGGGGAGCCUUUGGGAUACACCUGCCUUCUUCUUGGAUGGGGUAUUUUUUGUGUCCUUGGCAACCCUCAACAGCUUUACACAUGGGGAUUUGGUAUGUGCUGAUUGGGGAUCCAUGGGGUCUGUUUUAACCAUUGUCUUUGGUGGGCUGGUUGUGUUUUCUUUUGGUAUUUGAUGAUCUUUUAGCUUGAGCUUCCCCUUGGAUUUUUUAGAAGUGGUUGAUUUUGUAGGUUGCUUGGUUGUUGGAAAGCUGGAGUUGGUGAAAGGUUCAGCUGUUUCUGUUGUUGGUGUUCUAAGCAUCUCGGACUGUGAAGUGGAUGUUGCCUCUUGUGUCAUGUUGUUGUGUUCAGGUUCUGGAUGAUGUGCUUGAUCUGGGGAAAAUGUGGGUUAAUUUCCAAAUUAAUUAACCAGACACAUGAUGUGUAAAAUCAUCUGGCGUUAGACCAACCUCGUACCCAGGGCAGCCAGCCAUGAAGCCCUGGGUAUGAGGUUGGCAUUAGACAGCUAGUAUAUAAAGUAAUAAAGUAGGGUGCAAUGUUAAAAAACUAGACUUUUGAGGUCCUUAAAUCCUAAUGAUUCUAAUCCCAGUCCAUUAACGGAGCUGCUGAAAUUGAUUGUUAAAUAUGUUAAUUGUAUAAUUUUAAUUGACCCUUUAAGUGGUAAUGUGCUC